AUGGUCAGGGUGAAGAAAAGCCAUCAGAUUUGGAACACUGGUACCAUCGAUGUCGCCUCCCUACCAGUAAUUGAUCCAAAACUUAAGCCACCCGAAGACUUCGAUAGAAGGACAAUCAAGCGCCCAGACAUUGUACUGUGCCUCGCUCCCUGGGCUACCUCAAAACCCGCGCAUGACUCCACCGAUAUCCCCGAGACGGAGCUGUUCUCCGCCAAGGCCCCGCGCACUGUCCGAGAUAUGCUUCAGUGGCUGGCAGGGUUUAAGAACGAAAAGCAUCAUGAUACCCUGAAACAAUGUAUUAAAAGGGCAUUUGGUGGCUUGCAUAAGGACACUUCACAGCUUGCACUCUUCAUCAACCACGCCAAAAUCAGACCCGGAGAUGUCUUCGACAUACUCCAGCUUACCGCCAUGUUUGCAGGUUCAGUGCUGACCGCCAUUGCGUCUAACUGCAAAGAAAACGUGCCAUCAAGAUUUGUGAAGCCUAAGUCAUCUGACCAAUCCGAUGAUCCCGAUUGCUGCGCCCUUUUCUGCCAGCUGCGUGACUACGCCUACGCCUGCCACCACUAUGCUGUAAAGCAGCCAUCUCCCCUCCAGGCGUUCCUGACCGACGACUGGGACUCCACCUUCGACACUCACCCAUUCGACCCGUGCAACCUGUGCCACAAGAGCAGAGUCAGGAUGGGAUUCAGGACGGAGGAUUUGCCUAAAACAUCGCAACAGGGCAGUGUCAUUUCCACCAUCCUCACUCCCAGCUCCGGCGGUGAGGGCCAUGAUGCGCUGCUCGACACAAAAUAG